ACCCAGCUUAAAAGCAAAGACGGCAGCAGCCCCGGCUGGAGCUCAUCCAGUGUUCAGGAAUCAGGGGACAACAGGAAGAAAAGAGGACCCAUGAAUCCACAAGGAGGAAAGGCUUUUGGGAUGCUGAAGGCCCAACAAGAAGAAUUCCUCGACUCUCUCAAUAAGGAAUUCUUGGAUGACCCCAAAUACAGCACAGAUGAAGACCUUGCUGAAAAGUUAGAAAUGUUUAAAAAGAAAUACCUGGAAUUUGACCUUAAUGCACAGGGCGACAUAGAUAUCAUGGCCUUGAAGCGCAUGCUAGAAAAAUUGGGUGCCGCCAAGACCCACCUGGAACUGAAGAAGAUGAUCACAGAGGUGACAGGAGGGAUGAGCGAAACCAUCAAUUACCGGGACUUUGUCCGCAUGAUGCUGGGCAAGCGGUCGGCAAUCCUCAAAAUAAUCCUGAUGUACGAAGAGAAGGCCAGAGAGAAAGAUGAGAAACCACCAGGGCCUCCUCCCAAGAAAAUAAUUGCCGACCUUCCUUAAAAGUCCCCGCUUCAGUUUGAUUGAUUGGCUCACGGCCUACCUCUCCCCUCAGCAAAACUUCGAUCUUUCCUCUAGCCCCAGAAGCUUUGGUCCAGCGGAAGGGCUCAUAAAAAACCAGGGUUCUAAUCCCACCCCAUCCCCUCACCCCCACUUACGUGAAAAACGAAAUUCUGGAAGACUUGAGAAGAAUUAUCAGGAAUGAUUAUAUGUUGUAAGGAGCAAUAAAAUAAUUUAGAGCAUGGAA